CUAACAUAUGACAUUACAUAAGACUCCGCCUCCUGGACAUCAGUACUUCACGUUAGACUUUGUGAACCACUGAACAGAGCUUGCUGUUCACACUCAAAGUACGAUGGCAAGGCUGUGGCAGCUCAUGCUCCUGUGUUGGGCAUGGAGUCCUCUGUGUCUGCCAUCCAGUGUGAGCUUCAUUGGUACACCGCAGGAGUGUGCAAAGGCUCACUUAGUCCCUGGUUACAAUUUGGGUGGAGAAGGAUUCAACAUCGUCACAAUGGAGCGGAAAGGUGCCUAUGUCAUCGACACUGAAACAUGGAAGCUUGGCAAUGGCACUUGUAAGCUGUACAGAAACAGCUACAUGAAUGGAGAGAGCCAGAAAGUCCCAGUUGCUGUGGUGGACUGGAGAACCCUCCCCAAGUGCAGUUUAAAGGUCUCCAGUACAGUCUACGAUUCUGUUGAAACUCUUGUCAAUGACUCCACAUCAUCUGUGUCCAACAAUUGGAAAAUCGGCCUUGAUAUCCCUGUAGUCCCUUCUGUCGGUGUUGGCUUAGGAGGUUCCCACUCCAGAGAUUCUACCUUUGGAAUGCAAAAGUCAAAACAAGACCGCUAUACUUUCCUUCACCAUUCUGUCUACUGUCGCUUCUACCGAUACAGACUGGCAACAAGACCUCCACUAAGUCACGAGUUUCAAUUGGCCGUGAACUCCCUUCCUUCUUAUUCCCAAAAAGCAGAGCAAUUAUAUCGCAGUCUGAUCGACACAUAUGGUACACAUUACAUCACACAAGUGUAUCUGGGAGGAGAAGUGAAGGCAGUCACUGCCAUCAAGACCUGCGAGGCAUCUAUUAAUGGACUGUCGGCAACAGAAGUCAGUGACUGUUUGUCAGUCGAGGCCUCUGCUGGAUUUGCAAAUAGUGCCAGCAUUAAGGCCAUGUACAAACACUGUCAGGCAAAGAAGAAGAAGUUAGGCUCCAGCCAAAGUUUCAGCAGUGCAUUUAAUGAGCGUAGCACAGAGGUAAUUGGUGGUAAUAUCAACAGCGCUGAUAUCCUCUUUGAAUCAAACCCCUCCGUCUAUAAAAGCUGGCUUGACUCACUGAAAAACAUACCCGAUGUGGUCCGAUACAACAUAAAGCCCCUGCACACCAUACUGCCAAGUGGUCACCCUGCCAGUGCUGGACUGAAGCAAGAGGUGGAGAAGUACAUCAAGAAAAAUGCAGUGUUGAGAAAAUGCUCAGAAAGCUGUAAGAUUGGACACAGAUCCAACAGAAGGGAUCCUUGUGCUUGUGUUUGCAACAGUAAUCAGAACAUCAAGUCCAACUGCUGUCCUGCUGGGAAAGGUCUUGCAACGUUAAAGGUCUACAAGCUGUAUGCAAAGGGUCUGUAUGGUGAUAAGUGGGGUUACACAGAUGGUUCAGUUGAGGUUAAAUAUGGCAACCUGAUAAAGCGCACUGCCAUUAUAUCAGACAAUGACGAUCCUAGAUGGCCGGAGACAUUUGAAUUUGGACCAAUCUCUAUAAACAUGAAAAACAAACUUAGGUUCAGGGUUUAUGAUGAGGAUUCUUACUGGAACAGUGAUCUACUUGGCCAGUGUUCAUUUGCUCUGCGUAGUGGGAAGGUGACAGACAGUUGCAUGUUUGAUUACGGUACCUUUUUCUUCUCCUACAUAGUAAAGUGCGCACCGAGUCUUGGUGGUAACCAGUGUCAGGAAUACAUACCAACCCCCAUGAGUCCCUCUUUGGCCAAGGUCUUCUACACCAGAAAUGGGGUCCUUCUUGGAGACUGGUGAGCAGUGUGUUAAUUCGGUAUGUUAGUCAGAUUGAGGCCAGCUGGUGAUGUGAGACACAAUGAGACGGAUAGAUUAAACUUUACAAUAGAUAAGAUGCAGGUAGAUGAUAAAGCCUGUUUUGUUUUAAAAUGUUGCUUUUUACUUUUGUUUAACUGUUCAUCCAUAAUUUCCUAAUUGCUUAAUUUCUCAAAUACGUUUAUAAAUAUGUUUGUAAAAUGUUUAGAAUCCAGGUUUUAUGUUUUGUUCUGUAUGACAUGCAUGUUACGAAAUCUGCUAAUAAAGCAUUUACAGAAA